AAGAUAACUAUUUUUAUUGCCGGCAAUGAAAAUUGUAGAGUAUGCUGCCUUUACGCAAUGUCCUUGCCUUGUGCAGGCUGGCCUAAGUCUUAAUGUUGACUUCAUUUUUUAAGCUAUAUAUAUCAAACUUUAUAUAUUAUAAAUAGACGAACCAUAUACUUCCCCUCCUUAGUCUAUAAUUCUACAUCCUUCCAUCUUUGGAAUUAAGAAAACAUGAAUAUCGAUCAUCGUUUGCAACAGAGGUCUAGAUGGUCUGCUUCCCUUUCCAGCUGCGGAGAGGAUCCUGGAACCUGUAAGAUCUUUAUCCGUCUUUAUCAUUCUUCUGUGGAACGAUGAUAAUUUUACUUGAAAUUAACAAGAUCAGUUCGAUCCAUAUUGGUAAUAUUUGUAGGCUGCAUAACUUGCUUUCUCCCAUGCAUCACCUUUGGCCAAAUUUCAGAAGUUCUGGACGAAGGGCAAACCUGUAAGUCUAUAUAUAAUCACUUUAUUCGUGGAUGAGUUAUUUAUUAUACCUUAAUUCAUUUAGAUUGUUUGUUAACACAUAUUAUAGCUCAAUCACUAAUUCUUCAUCAUCAUAUUGGAUUGUGUUGUGGUGUGACAUGUGGAGAACAGCCUGCAUCACGAACGGGGUCAUAUAUGGGGUGCUGAUGAUGUUCACAUGCCACUGGCUCAUCUCCUGUGUUUACAGAGAGAAACUGCGGACUAAAUUUGGGCUGCCGCCAGAGCCCUGCAACGACUGCUGUGUCCACUGCUGCUGUGAGCCAUGUGCUCUGUGUCAAGAGCAUGCCGAGCUCAAAGCAAGAGACAUUGAUCCAACCAGAGGCUGGGUUGCGCCACGACUGCCUGUUGCUCCGCCAAUGCCCCCCACCAUGAACAGGAUGAAUUGAUGACCCGCUUUACAAUAAGUUCCAGUUGAUCUUUCCCUGACUAAUUUCAGGUUUUAAUGUAUACAGAAAUUGAUGAUGUAUGGUAAGAAAUUUGUAAAAGAUUUGAUUAUAUACUAUUAUAUAAUAAGAGUGCCAUCUGUUUUGGAUAUGGGUUUAGGUGCAUAAACACUUCUCAUUCUACUGGUUUCUUCAAUUGUUUUUCCUUUUGAUGAGCUAAUUCCACUCUAGCAAGUGUACUAGUCUGUUCAAGUAAUAUAAUGAUGAAAAUAGAGUAUCGUCCCACAGAGACCGUAGACUAAUUAAGUACCAAAAUUAAUAAAUUCUAAUUUUAUUU